AGCUGAGUGUUGUGGGCUGAUCGAGCCCCUUUACCAAGCAAGUGAACGAAGGGUGUAUAAAUUCGUCAUCUUUUCUAUCCGAGAUUUAGAAUCCACUGUCACAGUUGCCCACCAUAGUCAACCUCACCAUCAACUUAUUAUUUCUGUCUCUUAUCCCAGUUCUCAAGCUCUCACCUAAGAUGGCUUUGAACAUGACAUCUCGGAAUGUCGUGAAGAAGGUGCUGUCCAUGGACACACCUGAGGGUGCUGGAGCACGCGUGCGACGGUCCAUUGGAAGCGCGAGCUUGCGCAAUUUGACGCCUUUCUUGUUGCUGGAUCACUUCCAUAUCACCGAGGGUGCCGGGUUCCCCGACCAUCCGCAUCGUGGCCAGGCAACCGUAACGUAUAUGCUGGAAGGAUCAAGUCGCCAUGAGGAUUCCGCAGGACAUUCUGGGACCAUCGAGGCCGGCGGUGUACAAUGGAUGUGUGCCGGAAAGGGGAUCAUUCACGCGGAAAUGCCCGUGCAUGGAAAGAACGUUCCAGAGCCUCGAGGAUUACAGCUUUGGGUGGACCUACCAAAGAACGUCAAGAUGACGGAACCGAGCUAUCAAGAACUCGACCCUGAGGCAAUUCCAGUUGCGUAUCCCGAAGGCAAAGAUGGAAAUAUUAGCAUCAAAGUCAUUAGUGGAAAGAGUCACGGCGUUGAGUCGCCUGUGCGGCCACUUGGUGGGUGCUGGUACUUCCACAUGAUGAUGAAGAACGGCGCAACCAUGUUCCAGGACAUUCCUGCUGGUUGGACAGCAUUCCUCUAUAUUUUGAAGGGUGCAGUGAGCGUCGGUGAAAGCGGUCCUGUCCAUGAUGCUUUCCACACUCUCGUUCUUUCCAACGAGAACGGUGAGACUGGCGUGCAACUAACAUCUGCAACCGACGACACUUCGUUUGUCUUGAUUGCUGGGGAGCCUCUCGAUCAGACUGUUUUCCAGUACGGUCCUUUCGUCAUGACGAACCAGGAGGAAAUACAGAAGACACUGAUGGACUACCGAACGGGUCGUAACGGAUUUGAGAAAGCGCACACGUGGAAGAGUAAGAUUGGAAAUAUGUGAGAACCCCUGUACGCAUGAUUGUGUUCUUGUUCUACGAAGAUUCUUUCUAAAGGUUUCUUGCGAAUGAAUAAUACUUGAUCCCAUUGCAAUAGUACUGUAGAGAUACUUAUUUACAUAUUGAGAGGGCGUAAACCUCUUUCGAAAAACAAUAUUAAUCGAUUCGAUGUCA